GUUCUCCAGUCGCACUAUGAGAGCUGCAUUAUUCGGAUCGUGGUUCUGGCUGGGAUUGGGAUUGGGACUGCUCCUGGUCAGCGAUUCCGGCGUAGUUUUUGCCAAGCGGUUUCUGCGCUGCGAACUGGCCCGCAAAUUGAUCGAACAACAUGGUUUCGAACGAAGUCUGCUUUCCAAUUGGAUCUGUUUGCUGGAGCACGAGAGCGAACUGGAGACCAGCAGAACCACCACGAAUCCGAAUGGAUCUCGCAACUACGGAUUGUUUCAAAUCAACAGCAGAUUCUGUCAAGAGGGAAGGCGCGGCGGCACCUGCAAUGUUAAGUGCGAAGAUCUUCUGGAUGAAAAUUUAAGGGAGUCCGCAGCUUGUGCCAAGCGCAUUCAGACUUCGGAUGGUUUUCGUCACUGGGCGGGAUGGCAACGGUACUGCCGAAACACCCAGAAUCUGCCUAAUCUUAAAGUCAUCUGUGGGAUUUAAGAAACAAUAAUUGAUUUCAUGGGUCGUACAGAGCUGUUCUGUAUUAAAAUUUACCUUUAUUUCAAAAUGGGUAUGCAAUAAAAAAUUGCUUAUGGCUGGAUGGA